AUGGAGCAGCAGGUCCUUCAGCUUCUCCAAGCAACGACCCGCCCGGACACUGCCGUCAUUAGAGAUGCCGAGCAGAGUCUUCUGCGGUUAUACCCUCAGCAGGAUUUCCCAUUUGCGCUCUUGACGAUAGCUUCACACAACGACAUUGAAUCCAGUUCGCGGAAAGCGGCAUUGACUGCUCUGAAGAACUAUAUUUCCGCCACUUGGUCACCGCAACUUGACGAGACUUUUACAGGGCAUGUUUAUCUGAAUGAUGAAGCCAAAGCCCGGGUUCGCGAUCAAGUCUUCGCCAUCUGCACGCUCGAGGGCAACCAAGCUCCGAAAGACGCCACAAUCCAAGCUCUAGCCGCUGGUGUCGCCAGUAAGAUCGCCACGGUCGACUUUCCCGAUGCAUGGCCUUCGUUGUUCCCCUCGUUGCUCACCAUCCUCAACACUUCAACCGACGAUGCGCCCGUUCACGGCACGCUACGAGUGCUAGCGGAACUGGUCGACGAGGGUCUGACAGAGGAGCAAUUCUUCAUGGUCGCUCGAGACCUCGUCAAUGGCUUGCAGCAUGUAGCAGUGGACAGCAAUCGCGGCUUGAUCGUCAGGGCUAUGACUCUCAAUGUCUUCCGAGCAUGCUUUGAGAUGUUGGAAAUGGUCAUGGCCGAUCAUGGGGCGGCGGUGAAGCAGUUUCUAACCGAGUCCUUGAAAGCUUGGAUGCCGUUCUUCAUGGAGACACUAAAGCAGCCACUUCCAGAGGUCGUCAAGCCGGAUGAUGCGCAUCUCAGAGGCCUGGUGGCGUUGAAGGUGCAGGUAACGCUGGACAAACUCAGAUCGGUCUACGUACAGGCCAUUUCACCCCAUGCAACUGCGCUCUUCGAGAUCGUAUGGCAAGAACUAUCGAGGCUCGCCACUCCGUAUGCACAACUCUUCAUCGAAGGCACCGCAGAAGGCAAACUCGUCGACAGCGACAACCUCCCCUGCAGCCUCGACGCGCUGGUCCUCGAAGAACUCGACUUCCUCCAAAUCACCAUCAAAGCCCCUCCUGUUCGCAAGGAACUCUCCGCACAAAUGCAGCAGUUCGGCGACGCACAGCAUACCGUCCCUUGGCUCCAAGAACUCAUCCGCGUCCUCGUUCUUUACGCCAGAAUACCAAAGGAGGAAGAAGCGCUCUGGGAGUACGAUGCCAACCUCUACCUCUGCGAAGCCGCCUCCCUGACGGCGAACUACACCCCCCGAGCAGCAUGCGCAGAACUCGUAGUGCGGAGUUUAGGCGAAUGGUUAAAACAGCUUCCCAUCGUUGCGAUGCUGCAUUUCAACCAACGUCACCUUCAGUCCGCUGCCACGUGGAAAGAACGCGAAUCCCUGCUCUACCUGCUCAAUCAGUCACUGAAAGACAUGGAGGAAGUCUCUGGCAAACUCGAUCCGCAAACUGCAUCUGUGACCCUCGAGCAAGUUUCUUCAGCACUGCAAGACCCUAACCUGUUCAUGCGUGCCGCCGCUCAAAUGGUGCUGGGAUGUUUCUUCAAGAUCACGAGCAACAACGCAGAUUACGCAUCUGCCGGCGCCGCAGCAUUUGCCAACGCCAUCACCGCUUCGGCAAGCGAUCCUUCGGACGUGGUGAAAGUGGCAUGCUUCUUGAUCCUGCCAGAUUACAUCGAAGCCUUGCCUAGAAAUAUCACGCAGCCGAUGCAGUCGGCCAUCAUCAACGUCAUCGGUGAAUUCAUCUCGAGCCGAGAUCUAAGAGAUGAACUUGAAGACGCCGACGACGUCAAAGCCGCUUUGAUCCAACUCCUGCGCGACGCCAUCAUGCUUGACACGUCAACACUCAUGUCGCCCGAGAACAAUGCCAUCGACCUGUUCUUCACCCUUGCAAGUGAUGGCGCGAGCAAUUUCCAACUCUUCACGCUGCUCACCGAGGCAUUCGAGGGCAUCGUCUCCUCUGUCUCCACCGCCGGCCAAGAUCAGUACAUCCGGCUGUGCGCAAAGACAAUACCUUCACUGACGGGCGCGUUUGACAUUGCCAACAUAACGCAAGAAUCCGCGCUGACCAACCUCGCCGCCGAACUGGUCUCGGCGCUCGCCGAGUUCGGAUCUGAUCCACUGCCUGCGGGCUUCGUACAAGCCGUCAUGCCGAAGUUACAGAGAGUGCUGAUGGAAGCCACAGAGGCCGAACUCGUCCGCCCCGCCACGCUGGCAUUGAACCACAUGCUCAGCAAGGGCACUGCGCAAUUCCUCGAAUGGAGAGACAGCACGGGCAAAUCCAGCAUCGAAGUCACGCUGACCAUCAUCAACCGCCUGCUCAACUCCCCGGACGUGGACGAGAACGCGGGCCAAGAAGUCGGCGGGCUUGCCUCGUCGCUUGUCUCCAAGUUCGGCGCCGACAAGAUGGGCCCCUAUCUCAUGGACUUGCUCCGCGCCGUGGCCAUCCGCCUCGCCACCGCGGAGCGCAUCCAAUUCAUCCAAAGCCUGUGCAUGGUCUUUGUGGGCCUGGCGCUCGCGGCGCCGAAAGAAGUCGUCGACUUCCUCGCCGAGGUGAACAUCAACGGCCAGAACGGCCUCGGCGUGGUGUUGACGCGCUGGCUCGAAAACUCGGUCCACUUUGCCGGCUUCGACGAAGUCCGGCAGAACGUCGUCGCGCUGAGCAAGAUCUUCGCACUGCACGACGAGCGAGUGCGCGCCGUGCACGUCAAGGGCGAUUUGAUUGUCGACGCCGCCGCGGCGAGCAGCGGGCGCAUCAAGACGCGAAGCCAGGCGAAACUCAACCCGGACCGCUGGUCCAGCAUUCCCGCGGACCUGAAGAUUCUGAAAAUCAUGGUCGACGAGCUGGCCAGCGCGGCGACGUCGCGGUUCCCGGACCUGGCGGCCGCGCAGGCUGCCGCGGACGCGCUCGACGAGGAGGACGACGAGGCCGAGGAUGCGGACGAGUGGGAGGACGUCGGUUCCGCGGGGGCCGUGGAUCUGGCGAGCGCGGCCGUGCGCGGCGAUCUCAUGUCGUUGGCCAAGGAGUUUGGUGGCGACGACGGGGCCGGGGCGUCUCCCACGGGGAGUCGGGCCCGCGACGAAGAGACGGCCGAGUACCUGCUCAAUUGGUUCAAGGGGGAGGCUGGCAAGGAGCGCUUCCUCGGCCUGUUUGAGCAAUUGUCGGGAGAGGAGAAGGGCAAGCUGAGAGAGCUGGUUGCUUGA